CCCGCACCCCGCAGCUCUGUGGCAGGCCCUGCCCCACCUCCCUGCCGCUAGGAUGGGUGAGUUCAGCGAGAAGACCAUGACGUGCGGCACUGUCUGCCUCAAAUACCUGCUCUUCACCUUCAACUGCUGCUUCUGGCUGGCUGGUCUGGCCGUGAUGGCAGUGGGUGUCUGGACGCUGGCCCUCAAGAGCGACUACAUCAGCUUGCUGGCCUCGGGGACGUACCUGGCCACAGCCUACAUCCUGGUGGUGGCGGGUGUUGUCGUCAUGGUGACCGGUGUUCUGGGCUGCUGCGCCACCUUCAAGGAGCGGAGGAACCUGCUGCGUCUGUAUUUCAUCCUGCUCUUCAUCAUCUUCCUGCUGGAGAUCAUUGCUGGAGUCCUGGCCUAUGUCUACUACCAGCAGCUGAACGCAGAACUCAAGGAGAACCUGAAGGACACCAUGACCAAGCGGUACCACCAGGAGGGCCAUGAGGGCGUAACCAGCGCUGUGGACAAGCUGCAGCAGGAGUUUCACUGCUGUGGCAGCAACCACUCGCAGGACUGGCGGGACAGUGAGUGGAUCCGUUCAGGCAAGGCAGGCGGCCGCGUGGUCCCUGACAGCUGCUGCAAGACGGUGGUGGCCGGCUGCGGGCGGCGGGACCAUGCCUCCAACAUCUAUAAGGUGGAGGGCGGCUGCAUCACCAAGCUGGAGACCUUCAUCCAGGAGCACCUGAGGAUCAUCGGAGCCGUGGGCAUCGGCAUCGCCUGCGUGCAGGUGUUCGGCAUGAUCUUCACAUGCUGCCUCUACAAGAGUCUGAAGCUGGAGCACUACUGACCUGUCCGCGGGCCGCCGGCCUCGCCGUGCUGCUGCUUCUCACUGAUGCGUAGACUACUGAGCUGACGCUCCGGGCGGCUGGCCGGGGAGCCGCGGGCCCGGGAUGCGGCCCCUUCCCCUCCCACUUUGGCAGGGAGAUCUUGUCCUCACGCCUGGGCCCCCGCCGCCGUGCCAUCACCAAGACCUCUGGGGACCCCCAGUCCCAGAGGGAGCUUCAAGUGCCUUUAGCUGCACACCAAAGUCCUAAGGCCUGAGGCAGGGCUCCUCCUGUCUGCCUGUCUGCCUGUCUGCCUGCCGGGGUGGGUGGAGCUGAUGGGAUGUGGGGAUUGAGUUCUGAUAAUAAAGCCCCCCUUCGCUGAGGCCACCUCCUUUGGGGUGGGAUCCUGGGUCCUUGGGUUGCUCCCGGAUGCGUAUUCAGUUAGAGGGACCAGUUUGAUGGACAGAAAUGGCUGGCCCACCCAGGGUGCUCCCUGUCCCCUGGAUAGUGGUCAUGGGCAGCACCAGGAAGGGCAGGGCUGGUGAGAGUCGGUGUAGGGGGAUGGCAGGCAGCGGCAGGUGAGGCGCCCCAUGUGCCCACCCCCAGAGCCCCCCAGGUAUUGGGGGCCUCUGGUUAAGCCACCUCCACCCCUCUGGGGAAGCCAAGCAAGAGCCCUCUCCCAGGUCACUGUUGUCUCCCCUUCCCUGGAGCAGCUCUGUGGGCUUUAUUCACUGCUGUCUGACCACGCCUAGGACUGCUCCUGCUGUGUACUGGGUGCUCAAUAAACGCCUGUGGACCCGAUCGG